UCUCAAUGGACAAAUGAAAACCGUUGCAAAGACAUUUGUCAGAGAGUUUCUAUGACCAGUCCUUGAUAGACUUGCUGUGUUAAUAAGCUCGGAGACAGAAACCCUAGGAGCGUGCCAUAGAAUGCAGCAAGAGAUGGCGUCGGAGGUAUCAACGGUCAUCGUUCCUAGGAGCUUUAGAUUACUAGAAGAGCUUGAAAGAGGAGAGAAGGGAAUUGGUGAUGGAACUGUCAGCUAUGGAAUGGAUGAUGCCGAUGAUGUCUACAUGCAGUCAUGGACUGGAACCAUCAUUGGUCCUUCUCAUACUGUUCAUGAAGGGCGCAUCUAUCAACUUAAACUAUUUUGUUGCCAUGAGUAUCCAGAAAAACCACCAAGUGUCAAAUUUCAAUCAAGAAUAAACAUGAGCUGUGUGAAUCAGGAGACUGGUGUGGUGGAACCUUCUCUUUUUCCAAUGCUUUCUGAUUGGCAAAGAGAUUACACAAUGGAGGAUAUAUUGACUCAACUCAAGAAAGAAAUGACCUCCCCACAGAACAGAAAACUCACUCAGCCUCCUGAAGGAAAUGAUGAGGGGAGGGUGGACCCAAAGGGACUAGUGCUAAGGUGUUGUAUUCUGUAAGUAAGUAGUAAAGGCAUCUGAUGCUAUUUAUUAUAUGAUAUGAUAUGAUAUUAUAUAUGAUAUGGUGUAUAUAGCUGUUGUUGUUAAAUUUUACCUAAAUUAACCCAAUGUUGGUUUAAAUGUAAUCAUCAACAUGUUUAAUGUCAUGUCCCCAUGUCAAAACUCAAAACAAUGCCUUUGAGUUUGACUGGAUU